AUGGAUCGAGCUUAUCAGCUAGAGUUUAAUGAAUUUCAGGAUGUCGAAUUCUCACAACAUAACCGACCAAUGCAUCAACAAAUGAAUUUUCAAAACAGACAAUUACCGACUCAAAACCAAUAUGCUAGAUAUGAUGUAGAUGAAGUGAAUGGGUAUUACGACCAGUUUGGAUGUGAAGAAUAUAAUGAUUUUGUGCCUCCACAACAGCAGUUUAUUCAAAGAGGUCAGAAUCGGAUCAAUUUGGGUCAGCAAAGAUUUAAUAAUGCUCAACAGAAUAGUUAUGGAAGAUCGAGUGGCUCAGCUGAAGGUUCGAAUAAUGAGAUGAUGGAACUAUUGAAACAGAUAAAGCAAGGGUUUUGCAAUUAUUCGAGCUAUCAAGGAGAUCAAGAUAACUAUGAAAGCAAUCGGCAGACCCAAGAGAAUGAGCAAGCGGGUCAGCAUGAGUCGGAUGAUAACUCCAUCAAUGAAAAAUUUGACACGAUCAUGGAGUUAUUGAAGGAUAUUCAGAAAAGUAAUGAGGUCAGAGAUAGGCAAGUUAAGGCAUUGUCACAACAGGUUGGACAAUUAGCUGAAGAAGUGGCUAUCAUCAGAAGAAAUCAAGAUCAGCUUCUUGGUGAUUUUCAGGAAAAUACAUCUCACAAUUCUUCUCACACAAGUGUCCACAUAGAUGAGGUAAGUACUCCUUUUUCUGAAAUUUCUAUUGUUGAAACUCAUUCACCCCAGGGUGUUGAGGGUGUGGUAGAUGAGAUAAAUGGAUCUGAGUGUAAGAAUGGACAUGAUCAGGAAAUUAAAAGUUUUACAAAAUCUAUAAAUGGUUCAAAUGGCAAGUUUUCUGAAAUUGGUAAUUUUAAUGUAAAAGUUCCAUUUCCAGAAGCUUUAGUCGCAAAUGAAAAUUUAAGUAAACGGGCACCACCUAAGGGUGAAAGGUGGGAAAGUUUUGAAAAAAUAAAAAUAAAUAAACCGUUUCUUAAACGAAUUAAAGAGAGCCCUGAUCAUGUUGAGUGUUUAGAAGAGUUAAGUAACCAUAAACGACGUCACAAAUUUCCUAAACAUCUUAAUCUAACUGCUAGUGUGAACGCCGUUUUGAUGGGUAUCUCUCCCCUGAAAACUCAAGAUCCAGGAACACCUGUUAUUUCAAUACAAAUUGGUGAUGUUAAAUUAGACAUGGCUUUGUUGGAUCUUGGGUCUUGUGUGAGUAUUUUACCGGGGAGUUUAUAUGAUCAGUAUGAUUUUGGGCCACUACAAAAAGUUAAAAGCACAGUGGUGUUGGCUGAUCAAACUCCUAUAGGUCUUAGGGGGAUUAUAAAGAAUGUGAUUGUAAAAGUUGGUGAAUUCUUUUAUCCCGUGGAUUUCCUAGUGCUCGAUUGUGCUAAGAAUACACAACCAACUGUUAUUCUGGGCAGACCGUUCUUAGCUACAACAAAGGCUAUUAUCAAUUGUGCUGAGGGAACGGUCAGAAUGAGGUUUGGGGAUACGAAAAUGAGUUUAAAGUUGUUUUCUAGUUCACCUAAUCACAAAACUGACAGAUGUGGAUCUCCUGAAAAGGAGAAUCAAACAGAGAAGAAAGAAUGUUUUAUGACUGACAGGGUACAUGAAGAUAAAACAAAGAAAAAGUCAAAGAAAAGGAAAAGGAAAAAUGCUAAGGAAGUUCUUGAGUUCAAUUGUUACAGAGAAGCUUGUAAAUGGUAUGAUCAGGUAUGGGAAGAAACUGGUGGUGGGAAUAGAACAAACUCAGGAGCGGAAGGAAGGAAGCACCCUACACGUCCACCAUGA